AUGAAGCAACGAUGGCAAAGACUGCUUUGGCUUAAGCAAGACUUUCCAGACAAUCACACCGAUCCUGACUUUUUGAGAGAAGUCUCAGAACUUCGAAAUGUGCAGUUGAAUCCCAGCAGCACAUCAUCCUACAGCCGCGUAGUCGGGGACUUUCUGCUUUUUUACCACCGGGCUCUGAACACCGGUCUCAUGUAUAUAACGUUCACAUUGCUGUACUAUUACCGCUGCGAUCCAGUGUAUAUCACCGGGGCAUUGACGUCUCUGGCAUUUCUGGCCUCUGUGCUUUUCCAUCGCGCAACAGUGUCGCUCAAAUCCCCGUUAAUCAUCAUCUUCAGCAUGCUGGUGUUGUCGCCUGUGCUGAAAUCACUUUCAAGAACUACGUCGUCGGACUCGAUCUGGACUAUCUCGUGCUGGCUCACGCUUUUCUAUGUAGCGUCCGUUUCUCUGCAGUCGCAGUCUAUUGUUUCCACAAACCUUUUGGUUGCGAACGUAGCGGUUCUUGCGUCACGGCUCAGCUCAACAACCGAUGUGUUCUGCUUCCUUCUCAUUUGCAUUGAGCUCAACGUUCUCCUGCCGUAUUUUGAACGGUCGUUGUUGGACAGAAAGCUGUUCACCACCUAUGGGACUACUUUUCUCAUCAACAACGCAGUGGUCUACUACUUCGUGACCCAGUUCUUGGGCUGGAUUUACACAACCGUUUUCGCAUUUAGCGCCGUGACUUUCGUAUUUGGUCUCCCGCGCUACUUCAUAUACUGGCAAAAGCAUUACUACAAGAAUGGACCCCUGCUGUCGAGGUGGGAUGCCAGACGUCCCGUUCUAGACUGA